AAAAGCAUAUGUUUUUGCACAUUGACGAUGGAACUGGCGAUUUGAAUGAACAUGCAACUGAUAUGCCUAUCAACACUGUGAAGGAGCAUUACGGAGAAGUUAUUGCAAGUAAAACUUCUUCACAUAGUGAUGGUGAAAAGAAACUCUAUGUUCUUGUGCAAUGUCGAGAGAGUGGUUUGAUCGAUAAAACUGGAACUGGGAAAAUUGAUGUAACCUAUAUAAACACUAACAUCAGACCAGGGUCAAAUUUACAAACUAGCAGUGAAGAUAAACGAAUUCUUUGCCAACAAUGCGGGAAGAACUUCAAAUCAAAUCAGAAUUUAAAUCUGCAUAUGAGAACCCAUACUGGUGAAAAACCUUACAUAUGUAAGCAAUGCGAAAAGGCUUUUACACAACUAUCUCAUCUAAAAGUGCACAAGCGAACUCAUACUAGAGAAAAACCCUAUAUUUGUAAACAAUGUGGAAAGUGUUUUACACAGUCAUCGCAUUUACGAGUGCAUAAGCGAAUUCAUACUGGGGAGAAACCCUAUAUCUGUAAACAAUGUGGUAAAAGUUUUUCGCAAUCAUCUAGUUUACAAGAUCAUAUACUAACUCAUACUGGAGAGAAACCUCAUGUUUGCAAGCAAUGUGGAAAAUGUUUUUCACGAUUGUCUAAUUUACAAGUACAUGAGCGAACUCAUACUGAAAAGAAAUCUUAUGUUUGUGAACAAUGUGGAAAAGUUUUUUUGCAGCCGUCCGGUUUACAUGUGCAUAAGGGAACUCAUACUGGGGAGAAACCUUAUGUUUGUAAACAAUGUGGUAAGAAUUUUUCACACAUAUCCAGUUUACAUACCCAUGAGCGAAUUCAUACUGGAUAGAAACUUCAAAUUUGUAAACAUUGUGGCAUCUUUGUUUUUAUCAAGUUUAUGUGUGAAUGAACAAAGUCACUUGAAAGACUUCUUAUGUAUGUAAAAAAUGUGGUAAGGAUUCGCGCAAUUACUUCAUUUAGAUUGGUAUGAGCAAACUCACACAUGAAAAAGACCCGACCCUGUUUACAAUUAAUGAUGAGCUUUUUGAGUAAAAUUCAUUUACAAAAACAAUUUAUACUGACAACAUAAGGAAGAACCCACAUGUUUGUGUGCAUUGUAUAAAAGGUUUCUUACAUAAUGGAUCGUUAGAAAGACGUUUGCCCUAUGCUUGUAAGCAACGUAAUGCAAUAACCUAAUUACAAUGCAGGUAUAAUUUACUUGUGUUCUUUUGAAAUUUUGGUUGAAUUUAAAAAGUCGAAACUUUGAAAAUGUUUUUAUACAAGUUUUGAAAUAUUUUCUGCCAUAUUCAUUCGUGCGUUUGUUUUUAUACUAGGAGAAUAAUAAAUGACAUUAAUAGUUA